UGCUAAUUACCGCAUUAAUGCCCGCGUUUAGAAACUACAAAGUCCGCAGAUGGUGUUGGGGUCGCCGUGGAAACGGCACAGCACCGCGGUUAUAAAGAGACGCGUGAAGAUGCCGCGAUCUGGAGGUGAGAACUUUCUUUCCACUGACCUGCUGCUCGGUUCAGGCUCCACCAUUCAGAACAAAGCGUCAUGCUGAAACUCUCCGAGAAGUCGGACUCAAAAACCGACACCAAAAUACUUCUUGACGCCAUCUCUAAGGACAAAAUGCACCUAGCUAGGUUCAUCCUGGACGCUCUGGACGGUAAGAUCGUGGACUCGAAGAGCGACGGCGAGCUCACUCCGCUCAUCUCGUCUGUGUUUUUGCCGGACUCGCGCGCCAGGGCCAAGUUCAUGACCCUGCUUUUACAGAGGGGCGCUAACGUGAACCAGCAAGACGAGUGUGGGCGCACGGCGCUUAGUUACGCGUGUGAGAAAGGCUACCUGGACGCCGUGAAGAUGCUGGUGAAGAACAACGCCGAUCCGGAGAUUGUGGACGCAUGGGGAAACACUGCGCUCAUGUACGCUGUCGUCGCUGGCCAUUCGCUGGUCGUGGAGUUCCUGGUGAAGGCCUUCAAACGGCUGGGGCUCCAAAUCGACCGCCAAAACAAAGUAGGUAACUCGGCAGUGGCGGUGGCAAAAUACUUGGGCCACACCGAAUGUUUGUCUGCGUUACUGAGCAACUCCAAAAAAGCGCACGAUCAAGACGCAUUAGAUGAAAGAUUCGCACUUUUGCGUGCCAACGAGGGCGAGGACACAAACACCGAAAAGAAAAAAACAUCUGAAGUUUCUGACACGCACCAGAGCAAAAGCUCGAGCCGGAGGAAAUACCCUAAUUUAUGGAGCAGAAUGAUGUCCAUGGACUCUAUCGAGGAGUUGGAGAGAGAAAGUGAGUCUGAGAAGGAUCGAUGGCCACUAUCUCCACAAGGCUGUGCUUUUUCAGGUGUGCUUACUCCUAAACCGCCUCAGCGAUCUCGCGUUUCGCAAACUUUAAAGCAAGUAGCGGAAAGCUGCCUGAACAACCAUCUGCCACCAUUAUCCAGAGGGACCGAGCUUCACAGCCCGGCUUCACCCAGGACGCCCAAAAUCCACGCGCACACAACCGGAGCUCUAUCCGGUCCGCUCGGUAUCUUGCUCACGCCUAUUAGGAAAGCCAACAGAUCAGACUCGGAUAAAGAAGACGUCACUGCGAUGAGGUUUGAUGACAGCUAUUACCGGAAACGGUGCAGUUUGCCCACCAGCGCCCUCGGACCAACACCGCCUGAGCGGCCACUGCUGAAAUCUGCACGCAGAAGCAAACCUACUCCUAGAGGCUUCACUUCGCCCCCGCAUGUCGAUAAUGCAGACUUUUCCGCCACUGCGUUUUCUGUCUUGGGCAACAGGUUGCUAAGGCGCUUCACUUUGCCCGAGUUAAAAAAGGCAGGAAAAGAAGUGAGAGAAGGUUGCGGCGCGCACGGAGAAGGCUGUGAAACGGUUGCACGGGGCAUGCCGAGGUCCGAGACCUUCCCUCUGAGCACCAACCACCCGCAAGUAGGAAGUAAGCCGAGUAUAGACAGCAUCAGCGCAGUGAAGUGCGAGUUUGACUUUCAGCUCAAAGCCAACUUUUAACCGCGCUGCUACGUUUGCAAUGCUGUCACGUGACGCGGCAGGGGACGAAUCAGUUGCUGAAGUCGAGGACCUGCGUUGUGUCACGCCGACGAGUACAUGGAUGUUUUUUAGGCUUUAUGCUUAAAGCAUGCCAGAAACUGUUCUUAUUAACCCUCUUUGUAUUGUUUAUAGGUUUAGAUAAGAGUCGGUCAUUGAAAAGAACAAAAAAUCCUGCCAUAACCUAGCAGUGUUUUAUUUCAAUCCUCUAAUGUAUGACUUGUCAAGGGAUUUGUACAUUAAUAAAAAUGCAAUGCAGUGUCAUGUUCGUUAAGCUUCAAUGCGCGCGUUCGACAAGUUUAACACUUUUGCGUGUUAUUCAAAUUCCUCAUUAUUCUUUUGUGCUGCAGUGGAACGUGAAAGUAGACUAGCCUUUCACUCCAUUCUCGGGUUGAUCCCAGUAGAGAAAUCAAGGAGCCCACUGGGAUUUAUAUGUGUGCAUGACCGUAUGGACACUUUCUCAGCCAUGUCCUCUCAC